AAGAUUCUCUGAUGAAAGAAGAAACAGAGUGAGAACUGAGAAGUGAGUACAGAUUAGGGUUUCUGAGUGCGGCUCUCAUUCUUCGACUCUGCAACUUUCGCCGUUAACCCCCUUCACUCGUCACAAUGGCUGAACAAACCGAGAAGGCUUUUCUCAAGCAACCUAAAGUGUUUCUAUGGUAUGCUAUCACACAAAAUUGCCUUUUCUUUUUUUAAACGGUUUUGUAGUGUUCUGUUCUGAUUUUGAUGUUGAUUGGAUUUAAGACUCCCAGGGAUGCCAUUGAAGGAACCUAUAUUGACAAGAAAUGCCCCUUUACCGGAACUGUUUCCAUCCGUGGCCGAAUCUUAGCUGGAACUUGUCACAGUGCUAAGAUGAAUAGGACUAUCAUUGUUAGGAGGAAUUAUCUUCAUUUUAUCAAGAAGUAUCAGAGAUACGAGAAAAGACAUUCGAAUAUUCCUGCACAUAUAUCACCCUGCUUCCGUGUGAAGGAAGGAGAUCAUGUUAUUAUUGGCCAAUGCAGGCCACUUUCAAAGACGGUGAGGUUCAAUGUGUUGAAAGUGAUCCCAGCUGGAUCUUCAAGUGGUGCAAAGAAGGCAUUUGCUGGAAUUUGAGAUUUGAUUCAGUUUUUUGUUGAAGGAUAAUGUUAUCUUAUUAGUUAGUAAAACUGAUUCCUGGAAGAUUAUCAUAUAAAGAUAUGAUCAAUUUUGGAUUUUUCCUUUAAGAUUGUGUUUGUGAAUGACCAAGUGUUAUCCUUUUAAAUUUAUCAAUUCUAGCUUGGUAUCUAUGCUAU